AUGGCUGUGGGGUCUGGAAGUAGUCCGGUAAGCGAAGGUGCGAGAAUUGCUUUCAAGACGUUAUGGCAAUCCCUCAAGACGGAGCUUCCGGGGGCUGCCCUGUGGCACGCCGAGCACGCCGCGUUCUUGAAAUAUUCCCAGACGGGAGACGCGGUGUGCUUCCCGUGCCCCUUGCGCGAGCAAGAAGCGGUAGCAGCACUCAAGGCCCUCGAAGGAUGCGUUGCUGCUGCCAUUGCGGAUGUUCGAGGGACCCAACGCGAAAGGGCCAUAAAGGUCACCCUAGAGCACGUGGCCACUUUUCUAAUGUCCGCGUACAUCACCAACAUCGACGGCUUGGAUAAGGGCAACCCCGACACCAAGAAGAGAAUACCCGAUACCGAUUUAAACCAGGCCCAGUCGAAUAUAUACCGCCGCCUAUCGGCCGGCCUUUACGAAACUAGGCUCCGAGGAGAGUACUACCACAUACACGGAUCUUUAGAAGCCACGACGACUUUGGAGAUGAUAGGCCUCCCCGCAUUUUUCCCAGGAUUGGUAGAUUAUCGGGAGUGUAUUGAUGUGAUCGAACGAGCGGUUGGACGGUUCUCUGCAUCCGAGUUGGAAACCCUCAAUCGGGAACACCACCAAGCAGGCGCGCCGGUUUUUACCAGAGAAAAAUACCAGAAGACCGCCCAUGGCCGGGCACUGGCGUCUCUUCCCCUGUUCACUGUAGCACCCCUGAACAUGGACACACCGCCGGUCCCAUUCGCGAAUCCGACGGGUGGCCCGGAUCAAUGUCUGCAGGGAAUUCGCGUGAUCGAGCUGUGCCGAGUGAUCGCAGGCCCGACCAUUGGUCGUGCUCUGGCGGCACAUGGCGCAUCAGUGCUCAAGAUUACCUCGCCCCAGUUACCAGAUGUCCCGUUCUUCCAAUUAGACGUCAAUACGGGGAAACAUACGACAUCGCUACAUCUCAAGAACGCAGAGGAUGCCGACACAUUCGAAUCGCUCCUCUCUACGACCGACGUCAUCGUCGACGGAUAUCGGCCCGGUGCCUUUGCGCGUCUCGGGUAUCGUCCGGAGGAGCUCGCGGCAAAGGCAGCACAGCGUGGCAGAGGCCUCGUCUACGUGACCGAGGAUUGUUUUGGUGGCGUUGAGAGGGGUGCCGAAUGGUCUGGACGUCCGGGCUGGCAGCAGAUUGCGGAUUGCGUCACCGGCGUAGCGUGGGAACAAGGCCGAUUCAUGGGGCUGGACGAGCCGGUAGUCCCGCCGUUUCCUAUGUCCGAUUACGGGACAGGGUGUGCCGGUGCCGUUGCGGCGCUAUCGGGCAUCUAUCGACGGGCGACCGAGGGCGGCAGCUGGAUGUGCCGGACCAGCCUGUCACAGUACGACCUGUUCCUCCUAUCUCUCGGUACAUACCCGGCCGAUGUUGAAGAAAAACUGCGUCACGAGCACGACCCUCGCUUCUUCGAGCUACGCCAUAACGACUCCGUGGACGAAGUAAGCCAGCGGGCCCUGCGCAGCAUCAAGCGUCUCCACCCGGAGCUGUUCGGGGACCACAUGAUGCAAAGCGCGUAUAGCGAGGCGUUUAACGGCGUGGUUAAAUGGCCCAAGGAGCCACUCGAGGUGGAGGGCAUCGAGAUUGGCCACGUGCGGCCAACACGGCCUAACGGGUAUGACAAGCCGACUUGGGAGGACUGGGAAAGGGACGAUGCGCUACUACCACAAACGUAA